ACUCCUCCCUCUCUCUCUCUCUCUCGAGUUUUCUCUUAUGGUCCCACCAAAAACAUUCUCUUUGUGAUUCACCGCAUCAUUUCUCUUCUUCCAGUUUCAUCCCAGCUCAAUCUUUGAGUGUUUGUUUUGAUAUGUGAUGGUGAAGGCGAGCAAAGGAUUGUUCAUAUCAUGUGAUGUACCUAUGGCGCAGUUUAUUAUCAAUGUGAAUGCUGCACUGCCACAGUCACAGAAGUUCAUUUUACAUGUUUUGGACAAUACACAUCUGUUUGUUCAAUCCGAUGUGGCUGGAAUGAUUCGUAGUGCUAUUGCGGAAUUUAGAGAGGCGAACACAUAUGAGAAGCCUUCUUAGUGCUGUUUGCUGAAGUUGAGCAACCCUGUGUGUGCACACCAGAUGCCUUGUUACCAUGUUCAGUAUUACCUAGUACCAUGUUUCAUAGUAUUACAUAGUACCAUGUUUCAUAGUACCAAUCAUUUUAGAAGUUACCAUUUUACAAAAAGAAACAUAGUAAAUCUCCAACUGUUCUUUCAGAAAUGAUUUGUCACAUUUGAAAGAGGCAGUUAUGUAAAGACAUUUGAAUCUAACCUUUGAUUUGCAAAACUACAAGUGACUUAUCUUUCUUGUUUCCU